AUGAGCUUGUUCGCUCAUAUUGACAUUUCAUCAAUUGUAGUCCUCUUCCUAAUAGCUUAUGUUUCACAUUACUAUUAUAAAUAUUUUACCCGCGAGAGUCCUCUCCCGGGCCCGAUUCCUCUACCGCUUGUAGGAAAUGUCCUUACGAUUGCCCGUGAUAUCUCUAUCUGGCCUUCAGAAUUACAAUCCAAGUAUGGGGACUUUUUUGAAGUUUACAUGGGUCCCAAUCGCAAGAUUUGGGUAUGCAAUGAAGAACUAGCUCAAGUUAUUUUAAAGCCAGUUGCUCGUGGUAAUUUUCAUAAUCGAAUUGAUAAAGAUUGCGAUAUCAACGAGAUUGGAUUAGUCAACUUUGGAUUGGCGUUAAAUACAGACUAUGAUAAUUGGGCGUUCAUUCGGAAAUUUUAUUCGAAAGCCAUUUUCACACCAGCCUUUAUGAAACAAGCUUUAGUUAAAACAGAGGAUGUAUUUCGGAAGAUGGAAAGCUAUUGGAUGAGAAUGGGCGAAGAUACUGUGCUGGAUCUAUCUAGUUGGAUAAAAAAUUUUAUGCUGGAUGCAACUUAUCUACUUACCACAGGUCAAUCCAUGGAUACAAUAACCAAUUAUUAUAACAUGCUUUCCCCUGAUAAAGAUACCGAUAUUCCCAGUAACGUGUUAAAAGAAAAUGCCUAUGUAUCUAAAUGCUCGGCCGAAUUCUUGGAUGCCAUACUAUGGUUUAUGAUGGUCCCAAAAUUUGUUCGAGAUUUUCCAGGAGUUAACUCAUACACAAAAAGACUAAAGAAGCAAGUUGGAUGGUUAAGGAAUCGUCUUCUUAAAAUUGUUAAGACUCGAAGAGAAGAAAUCCAAAGAACUCCUGAAAGCGAAAUGUUAACCCCAGAUCUUUUAACAAUGUUUUUAACGGUCAACACACCACGUGACAUUACCGAGGGAAUUGCGGAUGAUGUAAAUAGCCGACCAAUGACUGAUGAAGAGAUUGCUCCAAAUUUUAUGGAGAUCUCACUUUCUGCAGUUUAUUCGUCAACAGAUGUAUUGUGCAAUUUAUUUCAUACGAUAUCUCGACGUCCUGAAGUGAAGAAACGUAUAAUUAAGGAACUUGAUGAAGUUUUUGGAAAAGACUCAAAUGCUCAGAUAACGUAUGAAGGCCUUAACAAGUUAGUUUAUUGUGAUGCCCUUUUGAAUGAAGUUGCCAGGGUGUCGUCAGUUUCGCCAUUUAUUGUUAAGAAAAACGAGAAACCCGAUCAGAUCGGUGGUUACGCAUUUCCAGAAAAAACUGAAUUCUUUAUAAAUCUUAUUGCAAUUCGUAAACACAAAUCUAAAUGGACGGAUCCUGAAGUAUUUAAUCCAGACAGAUUUUUAGACGAAUCUCAUCCUGAUUAUGGUAAAGACGUUUAUCUAUUUGGUAGCGGAUUAAGAAAAUGUCCCGGAAGAAACUUGGCAAAGAUUCAACUAAAAGCUACGAUCGCUUUGUUUUAUAAAAAGUAUGACCUUGAACUGAUAUAUAAGAAUGCUCCAUUAAAGUAUAACAGAGCAUUGAUAAGAGAAUGUAUUGAUUUUAAA